CAAGGGGCGCUGCACCACUUAAGCGAUCGCGUAACUUUGUUUUUUUUUUUAUCUCACACCUUGUUGCUCUAUCGAGUCUAUCCCCAUGUCGCCAGUCAGAAUUAUCGGCGCCAGCUACGUCGGCGUGCCGGCGACGGCCGAGCUGCCGCCGGAGCCCAUCAAGCUCACGGCGAUGGAGUCACUCUGGGUUGUCAUCCCGAUGCUGCAGCACGUCCUGCUGUACCACGGAGCCGACAUGCCGCCCUUCGACGACAUUCUCCACUCCCUCAAGUCCUCCCUCGCCACCACUUUGAGCAGCUUCGCGCCGCUCGCCGGCAGGCUCGUCCACCUCAAGGACACCGGCGACGUGGGCAUCAGCUGCUCCCCAUCCGACGGCGUCAGGUUCGUCGUCGCCGAGUCCGACGCCGACAUCCGCCGCCUCGCCGGCGACGAGGAGCACGACGUGCGCGUCCUCGAGGGGCUCGUGCCGGCGGUGGACAUGAGCGAGCUGCCCACCGCCGUGCUCGCCGUGCAGGCCACGCGAUUCCAGGGCGGCUUCGCUGUCGGACUGACCGUGCACCACGGCGUGGCUGACGGGCGCUCGCUCUGGACGUUCGUGGAGGCGUGGGCGUCCGCGUGCCGUGGCGAGAUACCGGCCGCGACGCCGACUUUCGACCGCUCCCUCGUCAAGCUGCCCGGUGGCCAAGAGCUAGCCAGCAGCAUCUUGCGGAAGAUCGCGCCAAAUUUGCCUUCGGCGGCACUGCCGUCGCCCAUCGGAGAAGACCUCACGAGCUUCACCCGCCGGACGUUCACCUUGGACACGCAGGACAUCCAGCGCCUCAAGCAGCGCAUCGCCCAACUCGGCGAAGCCCACGGCACGCCCCUGCCUCGUCCGCCAUCCGCCUUCGCCGCCAUUGUCGCGCUGGCCUGGACGUCCUACGCCCGCUGCAAGCCGUUCGCCGCCGACGACGAUCUGCUGCUCUUCUUCUUCGCCGACACCCGCGACCGCCUCGACCCUCCCGUCGACGCGGGCUACAUAGGCGUGUGCCUCACCGGGUGCAUGGCGACGCUCCCCGCGGCUGAGCUCCGCAGCGAGCGCGCUCUGGCUGCCGCGACGUUGGCGGUGCAGGACGAGAUCAACAAGAUGAAGGAGGACCCAGUGGCUGGGUGGAAUUUCAUGAACCCAGCCCUCUGGGCAUCUUUAGACCGGAUGAUGAACAUAUCAGGCUCGCCUGGCUUCAUGGCGUACCAGAUCGCCGACUUCGGGUGGGGGAAGCCAAGACGGACCGAGAAUAUCAGGAUGAACGGAGAUGGUCAGGUGGCCAUGAUGCGCGCCGGCGAUGGCCAAGGCGUGCAGGUAUCGGUGUCACUGCUUCAGGCCGCACAGAUGGACGACUUCAAGUCUCACUUUCUCAUUUUUUUAGAGUGAUGCAAAAUUAUUUUUUGAUGGGGCUACUGCUAGUACUCAAACCAGGUUGGUAGAAAUAUUAAUUAUAAGCACAUGUGGAAUUAAAUUUCAAGCAUUCGGAGAUGCUUAGGAGGACGGUGGUACCCGGAUCAAAUCCUAGUUUGACGAUUUGGUGUUUUAUACAGACAGGAAAA